UGGAUGUCUAAUGUAGAAGUCACCCUUUGUCCCAACAUAACAUGGCACCCACCACCACUAUUUCUGUGAUCCCCAGGAGAUGGAGUCUGCAGGCUGGUUUUUCUUGCUGAAAUAGGAGGACUUACCUUACCCUACACUGUCUAAUGUGGGCUGGUGUCUAGAGCAGCCUCCUGUUUCUCGGAGACACUUGUCUCAGAAUUUGGAUUCUCUAGGAAAUGGAAAUGUUUGAGCUGGUGUGAAUUGUUUAGGAUGUUGCAAUUGGAGGUGGGGCGGGUAUGGCUACUGUAAGCUGUAUUAAUGUUUGGCUAAAGCUCAGGGCCCAAGAAACUGCUCUUAAUUCCCCUUGUGAUGCCUGCUCACAGUAAAUAAAAUAGCUUCAGAUGCUACAAGCUAGACGGGAUGAUUUUUUUUCAUUAUAUUCUGCUUUUCUCAGAUCACAACUAGGGAGCUGUGUGACAGGUGUAUCUAGGCAAGGCUGGAUUAAACAUUAAUGCAGUUGUCACUGCUGUCCAAAGGAACAAGUGCACCAGAGCUAAUCUCCAGAGUUACCUGAGGAGGGGUGAACAGCAGUCAUGGCUCAAUUUGCCCAGGUUCUAGCUGAAAUAGGUGACUUUGGUCGCUUCCAGGUACAGUUGACGAUCCUGAUGAGUAUCCCCAACUUCCUGUCCCCCUUCUAUAUGUUUAGCCAGGUCUUCAUGGUCCUGGAUGAGGCCCACUACUGUUCAGUGGCCUGGGUCAAGAACCACACUCUCAACCUGAGUGCAGCUGAGCAACUGACACUGAGCGUGCCUCUGGAUGCUGAGGGCAGACCUGAGUCCUGCCUCAUGUUCCGGCCACCCCCCAAUAACGCCAGCCUGGAGGACAUCCUCAGCCACUGCUUCAAUGAGACACAGCCUUGUGAGACCAGCUGGCACUAUCCUGAGGACAAGCCCCGAUCGCUGUUGAACGAGUUCAACCUGGUGUGCCAUCGGAAGCACCUGAAGGAGACCUCACAGUCGGUGUUCAUGUCCGGACUCCUUGCUGGGGCCCUUAUCUUUGGGCCCCUCUGUGACUGGAUUGGCCGCAAAGCCUCUCUCCUGGUGCAGCUGCUCCUGACUGCCUUCGUGGGCCUGGCCACGGCCUUUGUGCCCAGCUUUGAGUUCUACAUGGUCCUGCGCUUUGCUGUGGCUACCGCUGUCUCUGGAUUUAUGAUAAGCACUGUUACCCUGCUUUCAGAGUGGGUGAGCCCCUUGUGGAGGACUCGGGCUGUGAUCCUGGCCCAGUUCACCUUCGCCUUGGGACAGAUGGUGCUGGCAGGACUUGCAUAUGGUAUCCGCAACUGGAGGCUCCUUCAGAUUGCUGGCGCUGUUCCUUUUUUGCUGUUCUUCUCGUACAUCUGGAUUCUGCCAGAAUCUGCUCGGUGGCUCCUCACCCAGGGGAGGAUAGAGGAAGCCAAACAACUAGUUCAGAAGGCAGCCUCAGUCAACAAGCGGAAAAUCUCCCCAGAGCUUCUGGACCAGUUGGCCCCAGAGAAGACAGCCUCCUCAGGGAAUGCCUUGGAUCUUUUCAGACACCCCCAUCUCCGGAAGGUGACCCUGAUUCUCAUCUGUGUCUGGUUUGUGGACAGUCUUGGGUACUAUGGCCUCAGCCUCCAAGUGGGAGACUUUGGCCUGGACAUCUACCUGACACAGCUAAUAUUUGGAGCCUCUGAGGUGCCUGCCCGCCUUCUCAGCAUCUUCAUGAUGGAGAAGUUGGGACGCAAGUGGAGCCAGAUGGGGACUCUGAUUCUGGGUGGCCUCAUGUGUAUUAUCAUCAUCUUUAUCCCAGAAGAUAUGCCCUUGGUGGUCACCGUGCUGGCCGUGGUGGGGAAGUUCGCCACUUCUGCUGGCUUCACCAUCUCCUACUUGUACACUAUUGAGCUCUUUCCCACCGUCGUCCGGCAAACAGGCAUGGGGCUGGUGAGCAUCUUUUCAAGAGUAGGUGGCAUUCUCACACCACUUGUGCUCCUGCUGGGCGAGUACCGCAAGGAACUCCCUAUGCUCAUCUACGGCAGCUUCCCCAUCGGGGCAGGUAUACUCUGUAUUCUGCUGCCAGAGACACGUGGCCAGGCCCUGAAGGACACCAUCCAGGACCUGGAUCAGGGGCCCAGCACACGAUCUCCGACGGCAGUGCCCCCAGAGAAAGAAAUGGACGCUACGGGAAGAAGUUCUACUCUAGGGGUGACCACUGUGAGCAGCACAAAUUUCUGAUUGUGGUCUCUAAGAAUCAGACCACCAGCAGCAGGAAGCUGCCUACACAUCCCUUUGUGUCCCCAAGAGGACACAGAUGAGCCUUGUUUAUAGAGGAGCGCACAGGACAUGGCCCCAGCUCUCUGCCACUGCUGAGUCCAAUCCUGGAAGCAUCUGGGACAGGACUUCCCUCCUUCCUUCACCUCUCUCAUUCCCAGAGCCCCACUCCAAUGCCCCGAGUUAGGGUCUUGGGUGUGUCAUGGGCUUCAUUUGUUCUCUGAUAGUUUGUGGGGCUAUGGCAUCCUGGUCCCUCAGUCUGGAGCACCCCCUGCCCCCCAAACUCAGUCAAAUCCAGAGCAGAGCACUAGAUAGGGCCUUUCUGAGUAGUGGGAUCAAGUGGAGAGGAAAUAAAUUUUGAAGUUGUGGACUCUAGGCAGCAGGUAGAUAAAGGGCUGUCGAUGAGGAGAAGGUUGUAGUUUCUUCCAGUGGCUGGACCAGGCCCCUCUGGCUAAGGUGCUAGGACCUUCAAUCCUGCUAAGAGAAGACUGUCCUAUAUUCUCUUUGAAGUUGCCCCAUCCCCUGCCCCACACUUAGCUCUUGCCUAACCUACGUGAGGCUCAGGGAUGAGCUCUGCAGAGGGAGACUACAUGGCUCUGCCCCUACCCACUGUGCUCUGCUGCUUCUGGCUCUUCUAGGGCCCAGGCAGGGAAAGGAGAAGGACAUAGGUCUUUAUACUUGGCCACCAGUCACUGUUUCCAGGUUUCUACUGAUCUUCCAGUGCAUUUUGACAGGCUUCUUACCUCUGGCUCUUCCGUGGGGCCAUAUUCAUGAGACUUUCAGAGAUCUUCUCUGGGCCACUGUGUUGUUCCUUAAUAUGAGCAACCUUCUCUUUAGACCCUUCUUCAGUUCCCACCCUAGCGUUGUUCCAUAUAGUAUUACUGCUGGCAUCCCCAGACUUUAGAAGACCACCUUGUUGGGUGGGGGACUCCCAGCAAGCUACUUCAAGCCAGGUUACCUUCCCCAGCAUCUGUUUGGCCCACAGAACACCAUGUAUCAUUGCUCCACCAAGUGGUGGAAAAAGAGCUUGCUCAUUCAUUUUCCCCAGUCCUUGCUCCAGCUCACCUCCUGCCAAGAAGAAGAUUUUAGUUUUUUUUCUCACAGGCACCCCUUAGAAGGGUUUUGUAUUAGUCUUUUUUCCAUUACUAUAAUGAGAUACCUGAGACUGGGUGAUUUCAUGAAGAAAAGAACUAUAUUGAGCUCACAAUUCUGGAGGUUUAAGGGCAUGGGUGUGGUAAGGGCCUCAUGGCAGAUGGCAUUGCAGUGGCAGGAGUGUGGGGGAGAGUGAGAGAUCACAUCACAAGCCAGAAAGAGCAGAGGGGCCACUAAGCCCCAUAUCUGGAAGGUGUUGUCAUCUCUCACAUUGCCACACUUUGGCCCAAGAUCCCAAAACAUGAACCCUUGGUGGGGACGGCACUGAAACCAUUUCCAAACCAUGGCAGGUUCUUCCAGAAACUUCCUCCCUUGCAUUCAACUUUUCUUAUAUAAUGUACAGAGGUGGUCAGUGAUGGACCAGUUCUUUGUGCAUCCAGCAUGGAAGUGUCCAGAGCCUCUCUUUCAAAUACAUGGAUAUUUCAUACA